AUGGCAAAGUCUAGGGUAAUAGAUAGCAGUGACGAUGAGAAAGAAUAUUCAAACUCACCAGCAUUAGGGUCUGACUUCAAUGAUGAUGAAGAAGAAGAGGAGGAGGAAGAUGAUGAUGGAGAGGAUUUUACAUAUAAAGGCGAAGAUUCAAUUGCAAGACUUGCUCGAGAAAGAAAGCAAUCAAUAUUAACACAGGAACAAGAAGAGGAAGAAGACGAUGAUGAAGAGGACGAUGAAGAUGUUGAUGAAGAUGAACUUGAAGAAGAAGAAGAAGACGAUUUAGCAGAACUGAGUGAAGAACAAGAUGCUGAUAAUGAUGAAAAUUUCAAUAUAGAAGAUAUAGAUGAAGAUCUUGAACCAAAAGAUGAAUACGAAGCAGAAGACGAUGAAGAUAUUAAAAAUGUUAAAGCUGUAAAACCAGUUAAAAGUUCACCACAACGAUCUAUUAAGAUUAAAAUUAAACCACCUACUUUAAAAAACGAUUCAUCAACAAAUACACCUCCUUCAAAAGUUAGCACUGAAACUGAAACUGAUACAAGAAGUAGUAGGAAACGACAGAUUAAUUAUUAUCAAGAUGAUGGACUUGAUUUUUCAGAUGAUUUAUCAGAUGUUGAAGAUAUACCACCUUCAUUACCUAUUAAAAAAAUCAAAAUCAAAUCAUCUACCAAAACUCAACCACAAGACCUUGAUCCAGAUCUUUUACUUACAGAUGAAGAAAAUGAAUAUAAUCAAAAUUCAGCAAAUGAUAUAUCAAAAAUGACUGAAAGACAACGUGCAAGAUUAAAUGCUGAAGCAUCAGUUGGAUUAGAAGAACAAUAUUUAGAAUUAGAUUCAAGUGGUAAAAAAUCAAAAAAUAAAAAACAAGUUAAAAUUGAAACAGAAGAAGAAAUAGCUUUAAGAAAAGCAGAAAAUGCAAGAAAAAGAAUGGAUUAUAAAAAUAAAAUGUUGGAAGAAGAAAAAAGAGAUACUUUAAAUAAAUUAUUAAAAAGAAGAGCUACUAAAUCAAGAGAAAUAAUUACUGAUGAUAAAGAAGGUACACCUGGUGAAGAAUUAAAUACAUUUUAUAAAGAAAGAAGACCAAUGUUGAAACAUCCUGCUUUUAUACGGUAUGUUAAUAAUACUACUAGUUUGAAAGGUAAUUCGAUUCUAGCUUAUAAUCCUUAA